CAAUGCAAGGCAAUUAAGGUUCCUAGAAGAAAGAUAUUGAAUUUGGUUCUUGCCCUUUUUCUGAAGCUAUGAAACCUCCAAAAGGACAUGAAUAGUAUACAGAUAAAUCCAAAUGUCCUUUCCAGUAAAUGCAGCAGCAACCAGAGAUCAAAAUUGCAGAUGGAAGUGCUGAGAAGAAAAAAGAGAAAAAAGAAAAGUAACCCAAAGGAGGAUGUCCAUUUAUGUCAAGUGAAAAAAAAAGAAAUCCGCCACUAGCCCAUCUUGAAGAAUAAUAUGACACUUAUUAUAUAAGUCCUUUGAAUUAUCUACUUGAUACUCGUGGAUUAUGGAUGUUGGCAUUUGAUUCUAAAGAAGUUAAAAAAGGUAAGGCUCUCUAUUAUUCAAUCUUAGGUCCUAUUAAGGAUAGAAGAAAAGUAUUUGAUACAUAUCCAACUUAUUUAAAAAGUACAUUGUUUCAUGAUGACGAAAACACAAAAAAACUUAGACAAUGUGAAGUGGCCUAACGAUUUUUUGUUUAUGAUAAGUUUAGAGAAAAAGGUAUUAAUAAUUUUCAUAAUCAGGAAAUAAACUAUUACAAAAAUAAGAAUUUGAUGAAGCUAUUAGAUAUUAUGAAAGAGCAUUGGGUUGUUUCCGUUAUUUGGAAGUAGUAGAGCCACCUGAGGAAGAAUCUGAUGAAGAGGAAGCUAAUCAAUAAUAAGAUACUUCAAAUAUGACUGAAAAGGAACGAAAAGAACUUGAAGAUAUGAAAAAAUCAGCAAAAUAAUAUAGGAAAGAAUAAAAGGAAUUCAAAAAAUAAUAUAAAUCAUUAAUGACUAUUUACACUGAUGAAAAUGUUAAAUAUAAUGGUGUUGAACACAUUCAAGUAAUCAUUUUAUUCAAAAUCUUUUUAGGAUGAAGCUGAUAAAGAAAUGUGUAAUUCCAUUAUGUAUGGUUUAUAUCUAAAUAUGUCUGUUUGUUAUAUGAAGAUGUCACAUUUUGAUUUAGCAAGAAAAAUCUUGGAUGAUGCAGGUGUUAUUUAGAAAGAAAAUUCAUAAUAUUUAUUUAGGUAUUCUUAAGCAAUCUUAUAUGAUAAAUGGUCUACUUAUAAAGAUCUACUAAAAGCUAAAGAACUUAUUGAGAAAGCUAUUAGUUUAUCUAAUGUUGAGAACAUUUUUAAAUAAGGUCCUGGAAUUUUGAAGUUGAUGGGUUUAGAAAAUGCAAAAGAAAUCUAUGUUGAACAUGCACAUAGAGUAAUGGAAGCAUUGAAAAAAAAGAAAUAAUGGGUUUAAGAAAUUGUUGAACCAUUAUUUUUAAGAGCAAAAGAAAUUGAUGAAAUUGAAUAAGAAAUGAUUGAAGAUGGGAAAGUACCAUAUGAAGAAGGUGUUACAGAUGUUGUUGAUCCAGAAGAUAUGAUUCAAUAACCAAAUGAAACAGAUAAACAAUUUUUAUAUAGAGUAUGUAUGCCACAAUUGACAUAAGAACAUCAAGAAUAUGAAAUUGUAAAAGAAAUGGUUAAUAAAUAUUAUAGAAUAAUUGAGUUUUAUGCUGUAAUAAAAUUAUUUUAAAUAUUUAGGAAUAAAAAAAAUAUGAUUAAGUUAAGAUAGCAAAAUAGGAAUUAUAAAGAUUAUUAGAAACAGUAUAAACAAUGUCAUUUUAUAUGAAUUUGGAUCUCAUUGAUUAUGAAAAUGAUGAAAUACUUAAAGAACUUGUAACUAAACAUCAAAUAAAUUUUACUGACAAAAAGUAUGUCAGAAGAUUGAUUAGACUUUGUAGAGAAAAUGUGACUGAAAUCUUUGGUUAAGGAAAAUUCAAUUUCGAAGUAAUAUGAUUAUUCAAUAUAAAUUAGGUUUUUGAAUAUGCUAUGACAGAUUAUUUUAAGAAAAAGAGAGAAUAAGAAGAAAGAGAAAGAGAGGAGUACUUAAAAUAACAUCCUGAACCUGUAAAACCAAAAUAAGAGUCUUCAUUCUUGAAGAAAACUUUAUUUUCAACAGAGUUUUGGAUGCAAGUAUAUUAUUGAAUUUAUAAUUAUUAGAUGCUCGUAUUAUUAUUAGUAAUGGGAGCAAUGUUUUAUUUUAAUAAUAAUACAGGUUUUAUUGGAAAACUCUUCUCCCUCAAAAAAUGAG